AUGUCUGUCUGGGAAAGGAACAGAUUUCACAAUGAUUAUGGUUGGGUUGCACACCUCAUAUAUAUUCAAGUGCUUCCGACCAUGUUGAAAGCCAUGUUGAAAUUUUGGGAUCCUACCUACAAUUGUUUUACUUUCGGAAAGUUUGAUUUGUGUCCGACCAUCGAAGAGUACCAGGAAAUUUUGAACCUCGGUGACAGUCCUAAGAUCUAUUUCCAUCAUGCUAACGAGAUCCCAAGAAGGCAAUUGGAUCGCUCACUCAAUGUCAAGAAUUCAAGUAUCGGUCACUGGCAAAUUCCCGACUCUAAAAAUUUCUCAGCUGAUGCCAUCAUAAAAUUCUACCAUGAGACAGACGAUGUUGAACAAAAGCGAUCUGCCUUCGCCAUACUGAUCUAUGGGCUUAUUAUUUUCCCAACUGCACCUGGUGUUAUCAAUGAGAGAGUGGGCAUGUUUGUCAGGUCCCUCAAAGGAGGAGUUCACCCCGUGACUGCUAUACUGGCUGAAACAAUCAGAUCUUUGUCCAGUUCUCAAUCUCUUGGUUUCUUAAGGCCCCAGUAUUCUCCUGCCUACAACAAUUCGAAAGGGUAUCCACUUGAAUUCAUCAUGCAGGAAUGGCCUGAAAGGUCUCCAUUGAAAAAAGUGUGGGUAAGAUUCUUUACAAAUCUAUCAGAGGAGAACAUCGAGUGGCUGUGCCCAAGGAAGAACAAUCAGAAAAUCAUUCAUGCAUGCGGGGAAUUUCCAUGGAUACCCCUAGCUGGUAUAUGGGGAAUCACGGCAUAUGUCCCUAAUAUGUUUCGGCGCCAAUAUGGGAAUAUGCAGUUCAUACCAUGGACGUUUGGGUUGUCCAGAAUGACCGUCUCUUACAAUGAUCCAAACGCCGGAAGCAUUUUAUGA